CGUUAUCUUCGCGGUUGAUUUUAACUACUUGUGCCGCUACUUGCAAACGGCGUUUUAAGGAUCUCGCAGGUUCAUUAUGUAUCUACUCGCAUAAAAUGAUAUAGUAACAUUUUGGACUGAAUCGAAGUACGCCAGAGAAGCAACGGAGGUAGAAAAAAAUGGAGGACGAUAGAAUUCUGGAGAGAGAAAGGUAUCAAAUGGAGCAAAUACGGGAGCUUGAAUCGGAGGAAUUGCAAGUUGAAGAAGUCGAUGAAGAAUCAUCAGACGAUGAAACUAAUUACCGUAGUUCGGGGGGAGCAUCUGCAUCUGGUGAAUUUACUUACAACACCUCGUUGGCUGCCUUACAUUCUUACCUUGGUGAUGUUGAAGAUACUCAUAACAGGCUGGCCUUCUUGGAUGGAGGAGCUGUCUUAAAUGUUCCUCUGUUCUAUCUUGAAGGAGUUGUUUUAUUUCCCGAGGCCACACUUCCUUUGCGAGUCAUUCAGCCUAAUUUUAUAGCUUCUGUUGAAAGAGCACUGAGGCAAGUUGAUGCUCCUUACACGAUCGGCGUGAUCCGAGUUUACAAGGAUCCAAAUAAUGGUAGGAUGAAACUUGCAACCACCGGUACAACUGCUGAGGUAAUGGAACUUGAAUCCUCUGCCUUUCGGCACUUGGAAGAUGGUUCGGUGAAUGUUGUAACUCGUGGGCAACAACGUUUUCGUUUGAGGCGCCGCUGGAUGGAUGUGGAGGGAUCACCAUGUGGGGAGGUACAGAUUGUCAAAGAAGAUUUGCCGUUGAGAACACCCAGAGAGGCUGUUGGAAGAUUAACACCAUUAAGUAUCUUCCGAUCUAAUGUACAUAGUCAAAUACCACCGAUAAAUCGAUCUCGAGCUGACCAAUAUGGCUUUGGGAAUGAAAAUGAUUCGGAUGCAAUGUCAGAGGAAAGUUUUGAAAGUGAACUUUCACCCACAGAAAGGAGGUUGCACCAGUCUGCUCUUGUUUCUUGUGAUAUGCUUGAUGAGUCGGCGAGCAGUGACGAUGAGAAUAUUGAACAGCAGUUUCGUAUCCAACCUGCGAGAUCUCCUUUUGAUAGUUUUAGAAGGUCAUUCAGCGCGGGGAAAAACCAAGAGGUUGAUGGUGUGAAGCUUGCUUUAGGAAAAAGGUCUAUGCCAACAGACAACACAUGGAAAAAGUAUUCUCUAAACCAGUUUCGUGAAGCUCCAAGGGCCUUUUUGCCCGGUUGGGUUUACCAGAUGUACGAUUCAUACUCUCUUGCUCAAAGGGCAGCAGGUCGAUGGAAGCAGAUAGUCAGGGCCCCAAGCAUGGACAGUUACAUAACGAAGCCAGAUCUUCUUUCAUUUCAUAUAGCAAGUAAGAUGCCCGUGUCUGAAUCAACAAGGCAAGAGCUUUUGGAGAUUGAUGGAAUAUCCUAUAGAUUGAGACGGGAAAUUGAAUUGCUUGAGAGUUUUGACUGUGUUCGGUGUAGAAGUUGUGAGACUCUAAUUGCCAAACGGAGCAAUAUGUUGGUGAUGUCUAGUGAAGGCCCUCUCGGUGCUUACGUAAAUCCACAUGGUUAUGUACAUGAGAUAAUGACACUAUUUAAAGCAAACGGGUUGGCUGUUAUUGGAAAUCCUGUUAAAGAAUACAGCUGGUUUCCUGGGUAUGCCUGGUCAAUCGCUGAAUGUGCCACUUGUGAAACUCAAUUGGGAUGGCUUUUUACUGCUACAAAGAAGAAACUUAAACCCAGAUCAUUUUGGGGCAUUCGAAGUUCCCAAGUUGCUGAUGAUUCACGUUGAAGCUAUGGUAUUCGUCGACCUGGUUUGUAAAUUUGAAUGCUAACUUCUGUUUUAGAGCUUUUGUACUUCAAUAAUAGCUCUUGCCUAGCUAAUCUGAGUUGUAAUAA